UUUUAUAUGGGAUCAUCUCCCAGACUUUAUGCCACUAGUGGAGACAUAGAAACAGAAGCGGCAUUGUCUGCCCAGACCACGGUCGGUAGAACCUGAAACCCUCAACGUGCAACUCAUCACCUCUCCAAUAUCUGCUUUGCUUCUCACAAUUCUGCUUCUAUUUUUGUUGCCAACCCAUCUCCAGAGCCCAGAGCUUCAUCAUGUCAUCGAGACACAAGAUUCUGCCAUGUGAAGUUUACGUGUAGAGGCAUGGAAGUUGGCUAAACUUAUUUCCACAAUCAUUCUUCUUUUCUUCUGCUAGUCUUUCUUGCAAUCAAAAGUACUUCUUGUUCCAUAUCUUCCUCGUCUCUUUCUGCUCUCUCUCUCUCUCUCCCAACUUCAAGCUUUGCAUAUAAUAUCUAGCCUUCAGGUUCAGCUUUUUGUCAGACAGUUUCCAUAUAAGCUUCCUGUUUCAGACCAGAAGAUAACUGAGAUAUGGAACCGACUAACAACUCAUCCAACAAGCAGUCAUCGCUGAUACCUCCCUUGCCUAAAGACCCUCGUGGAUCACUUGAAGUAUUCAAUCCCUCCUCUACCUAUUCGAACCGACCCAUUAACCCCGCAUUUCGCUCCAACCCCACUUGGCAAAGUUGGGUUGAGCAGCAACCACAUGACAACUCAAAAUCUGAUCAAACCAAUUUAUCUUCCAAGUCAGAUCGAACCGAAGAAAUCACCUCGUGGAUGGCUCUCAAGGAUUAUACCCCACAAACUUCACUACCAUUAUUGUCGUCGCCAUCAGAAUCAACAACUACAACCACAAAGUUGUCUGGGGAAACGGGUCUGGCAGCCAAAAGGGCGGCUGAGUGGGGUUUAGUGUUGAAAACCGACACUGAAACGGGCAAACCACAAGGGGUUGGGGUUAGAACUUCCGGUGGAGAUGAACCGACUAGUAACAAACCGGGUACAUCUCGGAGAAAUUCAAAUAAUUCAGUUAGAAGCUCAGGAGAGUUAUCAGAUGAUGGAGGGAGAGAUUCAAAAGGAAUCCCUAGGAUGUCUGAAGAUAUAAAAGAUGCAUUAUCAUCUUUCCAACAAACAUUUGUGGUAUCAGAUGCUACAAAACCCGACUUGCCAAUCAUGUAUGCAAGUGCUGGCUUCUUUAAAAUGACUGGUUAUACCUCCAAGGAAGUCGUUGGCAGGAACUGUCGGUUUUUACAGGGAGCUGGGACAGACCCAGAAGAUGUAGCCAAAAUAAGGGAGACUUUACAGGAAGGGAAGAGUUACUGUGGGAGAUUGCUGAAUUAUAAGAAAGAUGGGACACCAUUUUGGAAUUUGCUUACUAUUGCUCCUAUCAAGGACGAAUCUGGGAAAGUCCUCAAAUAUAUUGGAAUGCAAGUAGAGGUUAGCAAGCACACUGAGGGGUCCAAGGAUAAGACACUGCGUCCUAAUGGAUUGCCUGAAUCUUUGAUCCGAUAUGAUGCACGUCAAAAGGACAUGGCUACAAGUUCUGUAACUGAACUUGUUCAAGCAAUGAAGAGACCUCGUUCACUUAGUGAAUCUACUAACCGUCCCUUGAUGAGAAAAUCUGAAGGUGCUGGAGAAGAGGAAAGAAAAGGAGCAUUGGCAAGGCGAAACUCAGAGAAUGUACCUCCUUCAAUUAGACGGACUUCACUUGGGGGAACUCGAAGCUCUAUGCAGCGUAUCACUGAGUUGCCAGAGAAGAAACAAAGAAAAUCUAUCCGCCUCUCUUUCAUGGGGCUCAUGAGGAAGAGCACACAAUCCAAAGAUGAGAGCUUUGAUGAUGCAGUUCUUUUCGAUGAUGAUGAUGAGGAGGAGGAGGAGGAGAUGAGUGAUGAUGAUACAAGGCCUGAUAGUGUUGAUGACAAAGUAAGGAAGAAGGAAAUGAGAAAGGGUAUUGAUCUAGCUACAACACUUGAACGUAUAGAGAAAAACUUCGUCAUUACUGAUCCGAGGCUGCCUGAUAAUCCCAUUAUAUUUGCCUCUGAUAGCUUCUUGGAGCUGACAGAGUACAGUCGCGAAGAAAUCUUGGGAAGAAAUUGCAGAUUUUUGCAAGGGCCUGAAACUGAUCCAGCUACUGUGAGGAAAAUAAGAGAAGCAAUUGAUAACCAGACAGAUGUUACUGUGCAGCUUAUUAACUAUACCAAGAGUGGCAAGAAAUUCUGGAACCUGUUCCACCUGCAGCCUAUGCGUGAUCAAAAGGGAGAAGUACAGUAUUUUAUUGGAGUACAACUAGAUGGCAGCGAGCACGUUGAGCCUCGUACCAACCGUAUUGCAGAGGACACAGCACAAGAGAGUGAAAUACUGGUGAAACAAACUGCAGAAAAUGUUGAUGAUGCAGUGAGAGAACUUCCAGAUGCCAAUUUAAAACCAGAAGAUUUGUGGGCAAAUCAUUCAAAGGUUGUUUUUCCAAAGCCUCAUAGGAGGGAUACCCCCUCUUGGAAAGCAAUUCAAAAGAUCCUAGACAAUGGAGAACAAGUAGGACUGAAACAUUUUAGGCCAAUAAAACCCUUGGGAUCUGGUGACACUGGCAGUGUGCAUUUGGUAGAAUUGAGUGGAAGUGGUCAGUUUUUCGCCAUGAAAGCUAUGGAUAAGAAUGUUAUGCUCAACCGCAAUAAGGUGCAUAGAGCUUGUGCAGAGAGAGAGAUUCUUGACAUGUUGGACCACCCUUUCCUUCCUGCAUUAUAUGCUUCAUUUCAGACCAAAACACAUAUUUGCCUGAUAACUGAUUACUGCCCUGGUGGAGAGCUCUUCAUGCUUCUGGAGAGACAGCCAACAAAAGUACUGAAGGAAGACGCUGUGAGAUUUUAUGCUGCAGAGGUAGUUGUUGCAUUGGAGUACCUUCACUGUCAAGGGAUAAUUUACAGGGAUUUAAAACCUGAAAAUGUUUUACUCCAGAGUAAUGGUCAUGUGUCCUUGACAGAUUUUGAUCUGUCAUGCUUGACAUCAUGCAAACCUCAGCUUUUGAUUCCAACUAUAAACGAAAAGAAAAAGCGCCAUAAACGUCAACAGCAUCAGCAUCCAGUAUUUAUGGCUGAACCCAUGAGAGCUUCAAAUUCUUUUGUUGGCACUGAAGAGUAUAUAGCUCCGGAAAUUAUAACUGGGGCAGGCCAUACAAGUGCAGUGGACUGGUGGGCUCUUGGUAUCCUUCUAUAUGAGAUGCUUUAUGGAUAUACACCAUUUAGGGGAAAGACAAGGCAAAAAACAUUUGCUAAUAUUCUUCACAAAGAUCUUAAAUUCCCAGGAAACAAACAUGUUAGUCUCAAUGCAAAACAGUUGAUGUACAGGUUGUUGCACAGAGAUCCCAAGAACAGAUUAGGUUCGAACGAAGGAGCGAAUGAGAUUAAGAGGCAUCCAUUCUUCAAGGGUGUCAACUGGGCUUUAGUUCGCUGCCUGAAUCCUCCUGAGCUUGAUGCUCCCUUUUUCGAUACUGAAACGGAGAAGGAAGCUAAAGUUGUUGAUCCUGACCUCCUUGAUCUACAAACCAAUGUUUUCUGAAGAGAAUUUUUAAAAUUUUAAGGAUGUUAGAUGCAUUGCAAUUGUGAGAAGACACUGAUAGGCUCUGAGGAUCAUCAAAAUUUUCUUAUAAAUGAUGAUUUGGUUGAGUUUCAGCAUUGGAAUGGAGGCAGGAAACUCAGAUAAUUUGCUUGUUUGUUGUAAUGUUCUGUAAUAUGUGUUGGAACUUUUGGUAUUGAAUUAAUUUAUUAAAUGUCUUUCAUCUC